UUCUGUCACCUUUGAAUGUCUCAUAAUUUUGGUCCAACCCGUUGCGGUGCUUUAGUCGUGCGUGGGCGUGUGAGAGAAGGAGAGAGAGUGCGUGUGUAAUGGACGACUCGCUCAGAGAGGAUCAAAAGGAACGAGAUAAUGAGAGUGCGCUUCGGUGUGUGUGUGUUGAGUGCCUCUGCGACGUUGAAAAUAUCUCUCCAUCUGGGUAACGGAAAAGGUCAAUAGCAAUGUAUCCUUCAUCUCCAAUUAUCGCUUGCAUUCAAUAAUCCCAAAACUAUUCGUAUUUCGAAUUCCGUUUUGUUGAAGGUCAUUUUUAUGUCACCCAAACAUAUCGCUUAGUAACCGGCCCUAAACAUCCAUUCUAUGUCGACCUAACCCAACGCGAAAAGUUCAAAAUGCGGAUGUAUCUAUGUAUCUACUGCAGGCCUGGCUCCGGCUAGAAGCCAUCGUAUAGUUGAGCAGGCAGCCACCGCCCCCUCCCCGGGGACUAACAACCAGACAAAGGCAACCCAUUCACCCAGUGGCCCAGUGAGGCCCAGACCCCGGGAGGACAGAGACAGAGACAGGGACAAGGGAAACGCGAUAAUUUUGCACUGCAGCCAAAAUCGAAUUAGUCGGCUGGCGGUGCUUGGAGAGCGAGCAAGCGCCUCCGCAAUGCAGACGCGUCCGAGCAGUGAACCGCAACGCGCCAAGGAGCAACUCCUGCGAGAGCUGCCACCGCAGAAAUGCUCCAGCGCCACGCUGGCCAAGAAGGUGCUGCCGCAGAGCCCGCCGGCAGCACCGCCGCCCACACCGGCCACAAUUGUGCCGCUCACUGCGGUGCCCGUCAUCCAGCUGACGCCUCCGUCGCACUCCGGCGACACGCCGCAAAAGUCAGCACCUCCGCCGCCGCCACCGCCGCCCGAGAAGGCUGUGACUCGCACUCCGGAUGGCGGCAACAAGGAGAACCUGCCCGUGAGAGCCGCAUCCAAGCCUUUGGGGGCACCCAGCAACUAUGCGGCACGACGCACCUGGAUCACCACGGAGCGGAUGAAUGAGCUGCGGCGCAAGGCCCAGGAGGCGGCCAAGCAGAACAAGAUCUUCACCAUCCGCGGGUGCUUCAAUUCGGUGCGGAACGCCCUGCUGGCGCGCGGAUGGGUGGAGAAGCUCGAUGUGCAUCGGAAGGUGGUGCCGGCGGGCCAGAUGACCUACGAGGAUCUCACCCAGCGACUGCCAAAGCGCAAGGCCGGCGAGACGCGGCGGCAGUACAUCCAGAAGUGCGAGCGGAACAUCAUGUCGCGCUUCCUGGAGCACAUGCCCGUGGACUUUCUGUGGACGAACCGGAAGGAGAAGUGCGACUACAUCGACCAGGCCAAGAAUCCCGGCAUGACGAUCAACAAAUUCCACCGGGCCCCCUUCACCUCCAAGGAGGGCCUGUGCAGCCAGCUGCGCGACUUCCACUGGUUCUUCGAGGAGGGCACGGCCGAGAUGUACUUCCCGCGCUGCUACAACGUCUGGAGUCCCGAGGAGCUGGGCGAGUUCGUCGACAACUUCAAGCUGACGGCCUGCGUGGCGUACCUGCGGGCCGUGCUCUGCCGCUACCACAAACAGGGGCCCGAGGCCGUCUUCUCCGCCGGCGGCAAGAUACCCUACUCGUCGAUAGACUUCGCCUACAAGCGACUGGUGGAGUACCUCGACAGCUGCCAGCACAACGACAUCGACUUCGAGGAUCCGCCCAAGAUCUGGGAGCACGACUGGGACGCCUUCCUCUACCAGCACCAGCAGCUGGUCAACGAGGACGGCCGCAUCCAGCACGAUGGCCAGCGGCUCGAGCACACGGCCAAGAGCUGUCUCUCGCUGGUGGACAAAAUGAAGGUCCACUGGCCGCAGUACAGUCUCGAUGGCUAUCAGAAUUUGUGGAUCGUCAAGCCGGCCAACAAGUGCCGCGGUCGUGGCAUCCUCCUGAUGGACAACCUAAGGAAAAUACUGGGUGUUGUGAAUCCCUCGAUAGCCUCCAAGAGUCGCUAUGUGGUGCAAAAGUAUAUAGAACGACCGCUUAUACUCUUCCAAACAAAGUUCGAUAUACGCCAAUGGUUUCUGAUAACAAACACACAGCCAUUGGUGGUGUGGUUCUACAGAGAGAGCUAUCUGCGCUUCAGCUCCCAGGAGUACUCGCUGAGCAACCACCACGAGUCGGUGCACCUCACCAACUACGCCAUCCAGAAGAAGUACACCAACGGGGGAGGUCCCUCGGUCUCUUCGUCGCUCGCCGCUCUUCCGGUGUGCGUGUGUGUGCUCCAUGUUGGAGAAAAGCUUCGUGGGCGAAACGAAAGCUUUCCUUUACCCCUUUUUGUUGGUGGCCGCCACUGACAGUCGUUUUACUUCGAGUUCAAUGCAUCCCCAGGCGUCUGUUUUUUGUUUCACUUUUUCCAGGAGCGGACUCAAAGGAAAGGGUUUGAGCGGACCACGCUUUAGAGGGAAGGAAACAUCUCCCAUAAGCUCCAUGAAGGAAAAAUAGCUGCACCACAGAGUGCAAUUUUUGAGCUGUUUUGGUCGGGUA